AUGCCACGCGGCCCUCAGGACUCCAUCUAUGCUGAGACGUACAAAGAUCUGCGGUCUCAGAGACGCAUCAGAAACCGACUCUCAAAGCAAUCCGCCAAAUAUUAUGGAUAUCGUGGCGUGCAUUCCAGCUGGGUCGACCAACAAUAUCUCUCUGUAACCAGAUCCCCUCAACCCUAUUUCUAUCCAAACCUCAACGUAUUCGCGAGCUGCGCUCCACUAGUCAUAGACGCCACUGACAUGAAGGUGUCAACGUGGACAAAGCGUGACAUGUGGCUGGACCGAGACGUCGACAUCUGGCCGCUUGACAGAAGGCACCAUAAGGGAAGGAGAAUAAGGGAGAAGUACUGCUGGAAGUGGAACGAGCUGGAGAUGGGCAGAAGGAUGAGACAAAAAGCCAGGUAUCUUGAUCUUGCGGUUGAAGAUGGUGAAUCGCUCGCAGCGGACGAUGGUGUUGGCACUGUUUAUUGGGAGCUGGAUGACCUCUGGCGUGAGGAGGUCGAUGAAAUCUUUAAUGAUAGGGGCGAGCGGCCGCCUCUCUUUGUUGAUCUCGACGGUGAACGUCGCUUUGAAGGGAUUUCCAACGAGUCCAGUCUUGACGAGGCUGACGGUUCCUGGGAGAGGGAACUCAUCGAGUCUUAUUGCGACACUGGAGACGGGGAUGACUUCAGCAUCAUCUCGGAGCAAGAAAUAAUCGAUGCCAUGUCGUCAACCUCGAUGGAGGAUGAUUAUGAAAUGGUAUGA